AUGAAGCAGCACACAAGCUUUCUCGUACUAUCGGACACCCACGAUCGGUGGCCGUACUCGGUCAGCGACCCAGCUCCCCAUGCUGAUGUGUUUCUUCACUGUGGAGAUUUGACACAAGUUGGCGGUUUGCCGAGUUUCAAGCGCGCAAUCGAGAAUAUCAAAUCGGUCGAUGCUGAGCUCAAGUUGGUGAUCGCCGGUAACCACGACUUAGAGCUUGAUGAGAAAUGGGUGCGCGAGAAUGCCGAGGGCAAGGAAGAACUUGAGGAGAGCAGAAGAUGCGUGGACUUGUUUAAGGGGCUGAAGGCAUAUGGGAUAUACUAUCUCGAGGAAGGCACCCACCGCUUCACAUUGGUGUCCGGAAAAAGUUUCACGAUAUACGUAUCGCCGUUCACUCCGGAGUUCAAUGGCUACGCGUUCGCAUAUGGCGCCGAGGAUCGCUUCAACAACGGCUGCGAACCAAUUCCCGUCCAAGCGGACAUCGUCAUGACGCAUGGACCCCCGCUUAUCCUCGAAGACCCAUCUUACAGGCUUGACGUCAAAAAGCAAGGCAUGCACUGUGGGUGCGAAAAGCUCGCCAGGGCUAUAGAACGCGUGAAGCCAAGAUUGCACUGCUUCGGCCAUAUCCACGAAGGCAGAGGAGCUGCGAGAGUGACAUGGGGUUCCGAGAACGCGAUGCCACGCAUUGAAGCACUUGGUAGUAGAAGUUCAUUACGGGUUCGUGAUCUUGACGCGACCUGCGACCAGGAAACUCUACUGGUGAAUGCUGCGAUGAACGAAGGACUGGGAAAGGGUUGGUUGGUGGAGAUGGACUUGGAUUGCUGA